AUUCUCCAUGUACCACCAAGCCAAACGUAGGGAAGUACAAGCACACUGCACUACUGCACCAUGGCACUCACCGUCAAGAGCACAUGCGACCAGGCCCUGCUCGAGGCCGAGCACGAGCUCUGGAGAACCACAUUCUCCUACAUCAAGUCCAUGGCGCUCAAGUCCGCCCUGGACCUCCGCCUCGCCGAUGCCAUCCACCACCACGGCGGCGCCGCCACCCUCCCCCAGAUAGUCGCCAGGGCCACGGUGCACCCCUCCAAGAUCCCCUGCCUGCGCCGCCUCAUGCGCACGCUCACCGUCUCGGGCGUUUUCAGCGUCGUCCAGCAGCAGGACGUCGUCUACCCUGCUACCUCCUUGAACAACGGCACCUGCAACGGCGGCGGCGCCGAGCCCUUGUACGCCCUCACCCCGGUGUCUCGCCUGCUCGUUGGCUCACGGAACCUGGCCUCGAUCAUCACCAUGCUCCUCAGCCCCAACUUCGUCACCCCCUUCCUUGGGAUCGGCGCGUGGUUCGAGCACUCGCUGCCGGACCCGUGCAUCUUCACGCAGACGCACGGCGAGGCCCUGUGGAAGAUGGCCGACCACGACGCCACCUUCGACGCGCUCAUCAACGACGCCAUGGUCUCGGACAGCUGCUUCAUCAUGGACAUCGCCAUCAGGGAGUGCGGCGAGGUCUUCCAGGGGAUAAGCUCCCUGAUGGACGUCGGGGGCGGCCUCGGCGCGGCAGCUCAGGCCAUCUCCAAGGCUUUCCCGCGUCUGGAAUGCACCGUCAUGGACCUCGGCCACGUCGUCGCCAAGGCACCGGCUGGAACGGACGUCAAGUACGUCGCCGGCGACAUGUUCGAGAGUAUUCCACCGGCAGACGCCGUCUUCCUCAAGUGGGUACUACAUGACUGGGGCCACGAGGAUUGUGUCAAAAUACUAAAGAACUGCAAGAAAUCUAUUCCUCCGCGAGAGAAAGGAGGGAAGGUAAUAAUCAUCGACAUAGUCAUCGGAGCCGGACCAUCACACGUAAAUCAUCAAGAGCUACAGUCGAUGUUUGAUCUCUACAUCAUGAUUGUCGAUGGCAUCGAGCGAGAUGAGCAAGAGUGGGAGAAGAUCUUUCUUGAAGCUGGGUUUAGUGGCUACAAGAUAAUACCAGUUCUAGGUUUCAGGUCAAUCAUCGAGGUCUACCCGUGAAAGUGGUUUUGUGAGUAUGUGUGCAGACAUGGAUGUUUAUGGAAACCGAACAAGGGUUUGGUUGAUUCGACCCAAGUAUCGGGUCUGAUGUAUGGUUACAUCUUUCAUGUACCUGUUAAAUUCAUGUAUGGAAGCCCUAAAUUACUCCAUGUUCCUUGUUUGUAGGGCGGGUUUGUGUUCUUAUGUCCUCUAUUUGACUAAAAAAUAUGAGUUGUAUCUCACGACAAGCGUAUAAUCAAAUUCAAAACUAUGAGUUGUAUUCCA